CCCCCAAACCCCGACCGCCGGCCUGGCGCGCGGCUGCGCCUACCGGCUCCGCGCUGCCGCCGCCGCCGCCGCCGCCACCGCCGCCCCGCCGUUCCCCCGGCCCGCGGGCCGCCCAGGCUAGUGCCCGGGCCGGCCUGCGUCGGCCCUCGGCGCGGGUGCCCGCCGCCGCGCCGCGCCCCGGCCGGGCGUGGAUGGAGGGCGCCGCGCGCCCAGCCCGCUGCUCGGCGUGACGCGGGCCCCGCGCCCCGCGCCCACCAUGUCCUACCCGCAGGGCUACCUGUACCAGGCGCCCGGCUCGCUGGCGCUCUACUCGUGCCCGGCGUACGGCGCGUCGGCGCUGGCGGCGCCGCGCAGCGAGGAGCUGGCGCGCUCAGCGUCGGGCUCGGCGUUCAGCCCGUACCCGGGCUCGGCGGCCUUCACGGCACAGGCGGCCACGGGCUUUGGCAGCCCGCUGCAGUACUCGGCCGACGCUGCCGCCGCCGCGGCCGGCUUCCCGUCCUACAUGGGCGCUCCCUACGACGCGCACACGACCGGGAUGACAGGCGCCAUCAGCUACCACCCGUACGGCAGCGCGGCCUACCCGUACCAGCUCAACGACCCGGCGUACCGCAAGAACGCCACGCGGGACGCCACAGCCACGCUCAAGGCCUGGCUGAACGAGCACCGCAAGAACCCCUACCCCACCAAGGGCGAGAAGAUCAUGCUGGCCAUCAUCACCAAGAUGACCCUCACGCAGGUGUCCACCUGGUUCGCCAACGCGCGCCGGCGCCUCAAGAAGGAGAACAAGAUGACAUGGGCCCCGAGGAACAAAAGCGAGGAUGAGGACGAGGACGAGGGCGACACGGCGAGAAGCAAGGACGAGAGCCCCGACAAGGCGCAGGAGGGCAAUGAGACAUCGGCGGAGGACGAAGGGAUCAGCCUGCACGUCGACUCGCUCACGGAUCACUCGUGCUCAGCCGAGUCGGACGGGGAGAAGCUGCCGUGCCGCACCGGGGACCCCCUGUGCGAGUCGGGCUCCGAGUGCAAAGACAAGUACGAGGACCUGGAGGACGAGGAGGACGAAGAGGAGGAGGCCGAGCGGGGCCUGGCGCCGCCCAAGCCCGUGACCUCGUCGCCGCUCACCGGCGUGGAGGCGCCGCUGCUGAGCCCCCCACCGGAGCCAGCGCCCCGCGGGGGCGGCGGCGGCAAGACGCCCCUGAGCAGCCGGACGUCGCCAGGCGCGCCGCAGCCCGCCAGCAAGCCCAAGCUGUGGUCGCUGGCCGAGAUCGCCACGUCGGACCUGAAGCAGCCGAGCUUGGGCCCGGGCUGCGCGCCCCCGGGGCUGCCUGCGGCCGCCGCGCCUGCCUCGUCGGGGGCCCCGCCCGGCGGCUCGCCCUACCCCGCCUCGCCGCUGCUCGGCCGCCACCUCUACUACACGGCGCCCUUCUACGGCAACUACACGAACUACGGGAACUUGAACGCCGCGCUGCAGGGCCAGGGGCUCCUGCGGUACAACUCGGCGGCCCCCGGCGAGGCGCUGCACGCGGCACCCAAGGCGGCCAGCGACGCGGGCAAGGCGGGCGCCAAUCCGCUCGAGCCCCACUACCGGCCCCCGGGCGGCGGCUACGAGCCCAAGAAAGAUGCCGGUGAGGGCUGCACCGUGGUUGGCGGGGGCGUCCAGCCCUACCUAUAGAAGGGCCAGCGUGGCGUGCAAAUACAAACACCAGAUCUCUAAUCCGGACCACAUCUUGUGCCACUGUAAGGAGAAGGAUCCACCCAGCACUGUCCACCCACAGACUCUAGUGAUUGGAACAGACUGUUGUUGGACAUACGUGAAUUUGUCGGCAUAGUAUAGCUCCCCCAAUGUAUGUGUGACUCUUGGAAACAAUCUGUUUUUCUCAGGAUAUCUUGAAUUGAUCACUUCAUUGCCACGGUAUAUAUUCUAUAGGUGUGAUAGGAUUUACUGUAAAGUUUAUUUGUAAAAGAUGUACACAGUAGAAAUAAAACGUGAUUGAAGAACUUGAGUACUUCAGAAGUGGAAACAAAUUUGAUAUUUAUUUUUAUAAUGAUAUAAAGCUUCUAGUAAUUUAUGCAAGUUGUAUUGCAAUGGAAUCUAAACUUUUUGUAAAUAAAUUCUGCCUGGUUUUUAUUUGAACAUUGCUGGUUAUACAAUCUUUGUUGGUUGUUUAACAUGGAUUCUUUACUAAUUUAUAUCUUAAAUUGUAAAUAAAAACAGACUAGUCUACAGUAAUAUGGUGUUUGGGGCUCAUUUUUCCUAGAAGAGAGAGUUGGGUUUGGAGCCCCCAGGCGAUGAUGACCUCCAGGUGAUCUGACCUCCCCUUCUCAGUGAAAAGCUGUGUGAAAUAAACUCUCCUUUCUUAUGCUUAUUAAAAAGAAAGGCAGACAUAGAAAAAUGCGUGAUAGGAAGAUACAUGUGGUUCUAGAUUAUUUAUAUACAAAUGUAUUGCAAGAAAAUUAAGAUUUUUUUGUGCUCUGAAUAUGCAAAUUACUUGUUAGUGUAAAUUUUUAAAACUAAGCAAAAUAUAAUAAAAUGAUCUGAUACCC